CGGCGGCGGCAGCAGUAAUAGCAACAAGCAGCUGCCUACGGCCGCCGCCGCCGCCUCUGUGAGGGUUUCUCUCUCUCGCUUGCUCUCUCCCCCCCCACCCCCGUUUCCCUCCCCCCCCUCUUUUUCUUCCCUGUGUACGGGAGCCGAGAGGGGCCCCGCGCCCGUACGCGAAGGUGGGCCGACCGGGCUCCUCGCUCUCGCUUCCCCACCUGAGGGGUGGCCGAGGAGGCUUGUGACGGGAGGAGAGAGAGAGAGGGGGAAAUGCGGCUCCGCCGCCAGCAGCUCUGCCCGGACGCGACGCUUCCGCCACAGCCCCCUCCUCCGCCGUCUCCUCCUCCUCCCUCCUCGCCCUCUUCCCCUCACGCCAUCGUCAGCGGGGGCCACGGACUAGCGGAGCCCCCUCUUCCAGUCCCGUCAGUAUGAGGCCGGCCGAGACCCCCCGCCAGCGCCGAACUCCGGAAGAAUACUGACAAUUGAAUUGCUGCCUUUAUACUGUAAAAAAUUGCAAUAAAGUGGGGAUGUCAAGAGUCUCCACUCCUCCACCACCUGGAGAGAUGUCCAGUGGUCCUAUAGCUGAAAGCUGGUGUUACACACAGGUUAAAGUUGUAAAAUUUUCUUAUAUGUGGACCAUUAAUAACUUCAGCUUCUGCCGAGAAGAAAUGGGGGAAGUUUUAAAGAGUUCUACUUUUUCAUCAGGGCCAAAUGACAAAAUGAAAUGGUGCCUGAGAGUAAACCCCAAAGGACUGGAUGAUGAAAGCAAAGAUUACCUUUCACUGUAUUUACUUCUAGUUAGUUGUCCAAAAAGUGAAGUGAGAGCAAAAUUUAAAUUUUCUCUUUUAAAUGCAAAAAGAGAAGAAACGAAAGCAAUGGAAAGCCAAAGAGCAUAUCGAUUUGUUCAAGGCAAAGAUUGGGGUUUUAAAAAAUUCAUUCGAAGAGACUUCUUACUUGAUGAAGCUAAUGGUCUUUUACCAGAUGAUAAGCUUACGUUAUUUUGUGAGGUGAGCGUGGUCCAAGACUCAGUGAAUAUAUCAGGACAGUCCAGUACAAACACACUAAAGGUACCUGAAUGCCGGCUAGCAGAAGAUCUAGGAAAUCUCUGGGAAACAACAAGAUUUACAGAUUGUAGCUUUUAUGUAGGUGGAGAAGAGUUCAAAGCUCAUAAAUCUGUUCUUGCAGCUCGUUCACCUGUUUUUAAUGCAAUGUUUGAACACGAAAUGGAGGAAAGCAAAAAGAAUCGUGUAGAAAUAAAUGAUGUAGACCCUGACGUUUUUAAAGAGAUGAUGAGGUUCAUUUAUACUGGGAAAGCUCCAAACCUUGACAAAAUGGCCGACAGCUUGUUGGCAGCAGCAGACAAAUAUGCACUGGAACGGCUAAAGAUCAUGUGUGAAGAAGCUCUGUGUAGUAACCUCUCAGUAGAAAAUGUUGCAGACAUCCUCAUCCUCUCAGAUUUGCACAGUGCGGAGCAGUUGAAAGCACAAGCAAUAGAGUUUAUUAACAGGUGCAGUGUUCUUAGGCAACUUGGUUGUAAAGAUGCGAAAAACUGGAACAGCAACCAAGCCACGGACAUCAUGGAAACGGCCGGCUGGAAGUCAAUGAUCCACUCCCACCCCCACUUAGUAGCUGAGGCCUUUCGAGCGUUAGCAUCUGCACAGUGUCCACAGUUUGGCAUUCCACGCAAACGACUAAAACAGUCAUGAAAUCUUCCAUGAACUAUAGAGAAUAUAAGACUCCUCAUCCCUGUCCAGAGGGGUUUCCACAGACCAUCUGCCAGAAUUUGCUACCCCCUGUCCACAGAACAGAAAGCUUUUAAGAGUGGAUAAUAAUAUAUGGUUUAAUAAUCAGCUUUAAUUUAGACUGAUAACUCUCCAGUUCACUGAAAGGCCUUAACGUCAGUUACUCUAGUUCAUUUGUGGUUUCCUUUUUCCUUUUUCUUUUUAAAUUGUGCCUCGUCUUUUUGACUCGGCUAUGUAGGAUUGCACUAGCUCCAUAAUGCAGUAAUGCUGAUAAAUGAAGACCGUUCUUGAAAGGGAUCUUCCUUUUUUAACAAAACAAAACAGAACCCAAAAUGAAGAGUAUAAUUUGGUCUUGUGGUAACUGGAAGGUUUCAACUAGCCUCUUAUUAAAAGCGCUUGAGUUGAGGGGCAGCAAGCACUCCAGUCAAAGUACUGUAUUUAGGGUGCAUCUACCUUCAGAGGGUGCUGCCAGGCAUGCUGUGGCAAUAUACUACUCUGAAUAUAAUUUAUUUUUCAUUGGUUCAGGUGAGUGAGAGAAAUAUGCAAUGUCUUGGCCCAGAAAUGUAUUUUGCUAGAAUUUCUAAAUGCUUACUCCGUGAGUGUCUCCAUCAGAUGUUAAAAGAAACACACAGUAACCCUUUUUGGCCUGUGUUCCUUUACGAUUCGUUGCUAUUUUACAUUUACAUUGUACUGAACCAGAGCGAAAGCUAGUAUGGAGAGAGAACAAGUGAUGUAUGCUGGGGAAGAAGUGGUUAUUUCUCACAUGGGAUACAUGGAAGGUCAAGGAUGCAUAAGAAUGACCAAAUGUAAAUUUCAGAAAUGGGCCAAAUUAUGGAUUCUCAGUAUGCACUUUUAAUGUGUAACUUUUGUAUGUUGUGUGGUACAUAUAUAUUUUGGUUUUGAUAAAUAUGGUACAGCAAUUGUGGCCUAACUUUUGAAAUACAUUAAGAUGCCCACAGCCACAUGGGAUUUAGUUUUGUUACUGCAAACAAGGAAAGCAUGACUUUAGAGAUGUUGAUUCAAAGUGACUAUCUCAAGUGUUCAUGUCAGAAUCCAUUCUAUUUUCACACUUUGGGCAGGCUUAGCUAUGUUCCUUUAGUGUGUGUAUGCACAAGCCUGUUCACACUAGUGAAAGUUGCACAGACACACACUUAACAGGAAGAAUAGGAGUCUGAAACGUCAGUAUUUAUAAGCACUGACUUGCUGUUUUUAGCAUUUGCUAUUGUACUAGCAUUGUGGAUGGUAUUGAAAUUCUGCAUAAUGUGAAAAGGAUAUAAUAACCUGUAAACUGCUUGUAAAGGGCCAGUUUUUCUAUACAAACCUUCGCUUUCAUGCCACCACUUCCAGUGUUUUUGCUAGCUUUGUUUACAGUUGGGAGGAUUUGUCUGCAGCAGUGCACAUUUGUAAACGCUUCUUGAAUGAUUGACAGUGAAUUUUACUUUAAACCUGGUGAUGUGCUAGAUCUGUUGCGUGGUAAAAGUUGUAUUUAACCAUAGGAAAAGGGAAUUGCUCUGAAUUUUUAACUAAAUAUUUUAAUUGACCCGUUUGAUUCACAUGCUUACUCUAUUAAGGUUUUUUAUACCUUCUCAAAACUUGUCUCCUUUCUGUUUUCAGUGAGGAGCAUUGACAUGUUUAAAGUUCUCGAGCAUGUUUAUUAAUUUGAGUAAACAUUUAUUAAAGAACAGCUGGGGGCAAGCAGAGUGCUCCCAAGCCAGCACAGUGCUAAAAUGUGAAACUUACCCACUUUCUGGCUAAACUCACUCUUUAGGGUGAGUUGAAUGCAGUAUUUGAAUUAUCAUCCUUCAGGCACAGUUAAAGGCCAUUUUAAUUGCACUCCUGGUGGUUUCAGUGGGCCUCAAUAUUACUCAGUGAACCAAACUGAUACAGAGAUGCAUCAUAGCUUAUAACAUUUAUUGGCAGUUUCUCCUAAUCCAAACUAAGGUCUUGUAGGUGUUUUUUCAGGUAAGCUGUGUCCCUCCAUUGCAGUGUAAGAAAUUAUCAUAAUGAACAGCCUUGCAACAUGAAAGUUGCAGCUAUAAUAUACAGAGUGACUUGACUAUUUAAUACCAUAAUUGUCCAUUUCAGCUUAUUCAGAAACUGCUAGAUAGAGCAAUCAGAUGGAAGAUCUUAAGCAUUUUGUUUACAAGUUUUUAAAAAGCAUAAUAGCACACUUUGUACCAAAAAAUAAUAAUUAAAACACUGUGCUGUAAGAAUUUCUACAACUCUUAUGAAAAGUCCACUUGUCAAAUUAACAAAAUGUAUGUCACAUGGUACACUUAGCAGCCAAUCAUGAUAACUGAUACACACGCAGGUCCCACUAUGGAACACUGUUUAUCUGGAAUUUCAGUUAUCUGUACACAAAUAAUUAUACCCAAACCUCACUAUACAAAUGGCUGAUUCAGAUAUCUGAACAGCCAGCGUUUACCUACUUCCUUACUUGUUUGUGGUUUGCUGGUCGGCAGCAGCCAUUUCAGGCAGAAACCAGACAGGGAGAUCAGACAAAUCAUGGAUUAGAAAUGUUCCCAUAGGAAACAUUGGAAACCAUCAGCUUAUUAUGUGAACACUUGCCUAUCAAACGAUUUCCUGGAAAUGCAUUGUGUUCUGAAAGCAGGAGCUGUGUGUAUAUUGUUCCAUGCAUUUGCUAUUAAAAAUACACAAAAAGGGUUAAACAAAUCCACAUCCUGCCCCCUGCCCCCCUUUAGUGAACCACAUGCAGUGUUUUCACUCUUCCAAUAGUGCUGGCAAGAACAAUUUUCUCUGUCUUGCUGCAGUCUGAUUACAUUUCCUCUUGUUCCAUAUGAAAAAAUCCUGAUUGGAAUUAGACUUCUCUUUCCAGAGAAGAGAUCUAAAGUCCAUUAGAGGUUCUCAGUGGGAAAAGGUGAGAAAGGUGAUUUUCACUUCCUUCCUCCUUCAGCCCCAGCGCUCCAUCUCCCAGCUGUCCUGCAGGGUCACCUGACCCCCUAGAGCAGCUUGGGGGGGGGAUGCAUGGGGCUAAGGGAGCAGGGGGGAAUUGGUAGCAAUUACCCCUUUCUCCACUGGAGGGCCCUGUUGAUUUGGUUCAGCCCAUUGACAGCCAUGAUCCUCCCCCUAGUGCUGCUGGAGAAAAGGUCUGUUUGCACAUGCUUUUUGUGGCUGAAUACUUGACAUUUGGUGAGAAUAGUAACAGUCUGCUCAUUGGGAUUUUCAGCACAGUUACCCAAGUGCCAUGUUUGGCUUGCCAACUCUGUCCCUUCAAUACCCACCGGCCAUCACCAUCAAGCCCCGCCCCCCAAGGGAGCACCCUGCAUGUGUUGUGUAAUGGUGUGUGAGUUUUUAACAAAGAUUUAUUUUUCAGAAAAAUAGGACUCUGUUUGCUGUUAAAAGUGGCAGAGGAUUCACUUAAUUGAAGUAUGUGACAAUGUACUUCAGUGAAGGAAACUUCAGUAACCCAUCCAGAUUUCGACAGUCCAUUUACUGCAUGCUGAAGUAUGAAUGCAUAGUGCCUUUUUGAAAUAUAAUGGGAUGAAUUUGUUUUUGAAAAUUCUUGGAACAGGUAUAGAGGAGUACUGAUGUAUGAGGAAUACAUGAAUGCAGAAUAGAGUGGGUAUAUGUACGACAGUUUGUCUAUCGUCAGAAGCUACAGAUGCAAAAUAUUUUUCAGACGUAUAUUUUCUCUGUGCUCAGUAAACUCUGAAUUCUAAAAUGAGGUUAUUGAUAGAAGAAAGGCUUAAGAUGAUUUGUGUUGGGGUUGUGUGUGUGUUUUUGUUGGCAUGGUUUCAUUAUUUAACUAUGGAAUUUCAAUGAGUUUUUGAUGACAUCUGCCUUCUAAGAGUAACACAGAGCACAGUAUCUGUGUUUGUCCCCUUAUGAAGAGGCUGUUCCUUCAAGGUCAAGUCUAAAUAAUUGUGCUAGUAAAGUUCCUAUAGAAAUUGCGAGGUUAAACACUGGGAGAUGCUUUGUUUUUAGGCUAUAACAUAUGAUUUUUUAAAACCAAUUGAUGUUUGUCCCAAGUUUUAAUUCUUAUUGGCUGGGUUGAUUGGAUUUUCUUAACACUUCCUACAAACUGUUAGGUACUGGUUUGUUUUACAACACAAGUACAUUGAAUUGCUUGCUUCCUGCUUGCAGCAAAUGGACUUCCCCUGAAAUGGACACUCAUUAUUUUUGUCAGUGUUUGCUGUGGUUUGCGUUAAUCAUACUCUGUAAUCUAGUUAAUCCUGGAUUUUGAUAUGUCAGAAUGAAGGUUUCUCUUUAGUUCUGUUUUAGAAUCUAAACAUUGGAAGGACUUUAAACCUGGGUCUUAGCUGGGAGUUAUUCACAUUACCUAUCAUGUUAAACACUUGCAUCAAACCAUCCAGCCUUUUAUAUCCGCCUGAUGUUAACAGUGAAAUACUUUUUGUACCUUGUUGCUGAAAAUAUUUUUGCAUUUCAGGACAUCAAGUUACAAUAAAGUUGUUACUUAUACAGAAA